UAAUCAUUAAUCAACCACCCCUACGCUCCUACCAGUUGCCGCUCAUUUCAAUUUUCAAAAUCUUCAAAAUUAUCUUUUCGGUUAGAAAUUCAAAAUUCGGCCACUUCUCUCCAGCAAAAACAUGGAUGCCCAUCCUACAACUCUUCCUGGAAAAAAAACCCAGCCGGUUAAAUCGAAGUACAAAUCGAUCGCCGAACAACCAAAACACAAACCCAAAGAAGUUCCGGUUCAAAUGAACCGAAGAACCUUCGGCACAAUCCGAAACCAUAAUGUGGUUAAUAUCCCCGAAACAACACUUCCCCAAAAGCCGAAACCAAAACCAAAACCGUCGAAUCAGAUCAUACCUCAAGCGCAACAAAAAACCACUCAAAACGAGAGCAACGAAAAACCAAAGUUGAGGAACAAGAAGAAAACAGUUUGUUCACCCGAAAAAAAUGAGGGGUCUGUGAAGAAAAAAUCUCCUGCUAAGGAAAUAGAUGGGGUUAAAACUCCGGUGAGACCGCCAUUUUCGGUUAAACCGGUUAAGAUUCCGGGAACACCGUAUCUUAGUGCUGAAAAGUGUAGCGAUUGCCGGUUUGAUCGGUUGGAAACGGCGUCGUAUUGGGUGGGUCAGAUCAAAUCGGCAGAGUCCGUUGGCAAGCAUUUUGUUGCUGCUGCUUUUUUUCGGCUUGCUAAUGAAUGCAAAGCAGAGCCAGCAAGAAAUCUUCAACUCGAGCUGAAAAGGUAUCUCGCUCGUCAUGACGACUUAUCUACUACGGCCGAGUGGGAAGAUGUGACUCGGAUAUAUGGAAAGUUAAAGAAAGUGCAAGAAACUAGAAACGAUGAAGAGAAAACGAGUUGUUUUUGUGAAAACACGCUCACGCAAAGUGGUUCUGAGCUUGGAGAAUCAGAGGUUGUUCAAGAACAAAGAAUUGAGAACGAGAAUUUGUCGGGUGAAAUAAACAAAUGAACACGAAACUUGGAUUUAAGUAAGAAAUAGAGUGUUGGCAAGGUUGCUAAAAGAUUAUAUUGUGUGUUAUUAGAUUUGUUGCAUCGCUUUUUUUUUUUUUUUUUUUUUUUUUUUUUUUUUGUAAUAUGUAUUGGUUUGUUGUGUGGCUCUUGGUUUGUAUUGUAAUUUGUAAAGUUGUAUUUUUACAUUUUUGGUUGGUUA